AUGUCUAAGAUCCUAGUGGUAGUGGGCGCCACCGGCCAACAAGGCAGCUCCGUCGUUGAUGCUAUCAUCUCCGACCCCAAAUUAAGCCAGGAGUAUACCAUCCGCGGCACAACUCGCGACCCCAACAGCCCAAAAGCACAAGACCUAGCAUCCAAAGGCAUUGAAAUCGUCGCAGCCAGCUUCGAUGACCCCGAAUCACUCCAACGCGCCUUCACCGGCGCACACGUCGUAUUCGCAAAUACCCCAACAAUCUACGACGGCCGCACCUACGAGCACGAAGUCACGCACGGCCGCGCCCUAAUCGACGCCGCGGUCGCAGUGGGCGUGCCCUACUACAUCUACUCCACUCUGCCCAGCAUUUCAAAGAUCUCCCAAGGAUGGCUAAAAAACGGCGGCCAUUUCGACGGCAAAGAAGAAGUCGAACAGUACAUCCGUACGCAACCAAUCCGAAGCGCCUUUGUCGCGCCGGGCUCAUUCAUGUCGAAUUUCCAUGAGACCAUGGCUCCGCGACGCAUGGAAAAUGGUGAAUACGCUUUGCUUCUGCCUGUUCCACCUCAUGUGAAGCUGCCGUUGAUAGAUACAGAUGAUGAUCUGGGGAAGUGGGUAGCAGCUAUUCUGGCGGAUUUCGAUCAGUAUGAGGGAAAGGUGCUUUGCUGUGCUACCGCAAUGUAUAGUUUUGAGGAGAUAGUGGAGACUAUGAGCCGCGUAUCGGGGAAGACGGUAGUGUAUCGUGAGGUGCCGGAGGAGAUUUGGAAGGGGUUUUUACCGGAGAUGAUGAGGGAUCAUAUUGUGGAUAUGUUUACGCUUUUCAGGGUCUUUGGGUAUUAUGGGGAUGGGACGGAGGAGAAGGUCAAGUGGUCGGCGGAGCAGGCGAGGGGGGAGUUGACAACUUUGGAGGCAUAUUUGAGGAAAUAUCCACUUAAGCUUGAGUAG